ACCUAGCAUCUGACACAGUGAGAGGGAUAACAGCACAUCACAUGGCAAAGAAAUCUUCAGUGAAGAAUGCUGUACGACCAAAAAGUUCCACUUACACAGUUAUUUGUGUGGGAUCUUUCUUGGGAAUCGUGCUCAUACUGGGACUCUCCACUUCUUUCCUAUUUUCUGCAAGCAUUGUGCCGCAGUCUUCUUCGAAUGCAGCACACCUGCACGCACCUCAAGAUACAGGACAAUCACCCAUUUCCCAUAGAAAUGUAUUAUUAUGCCGCUCCAACGAAUGUCAGAGAGAGGCUGAUGCUAUCAGCAGAUCCAUCAACAGAGCAUUUCACCCGUGCUGGGACUUCUACGAGUUCGCCUGCAGCAUCUGGGUCUCUCACGUCAGCCUGCCUCAUUUUAUGAAGGAAAUCAACGUGCUUACCAAGAUGAAAAGACAGAAUGAACUUUUCGUUGCUAAUGUCCUGAAGGCAACAAAUGUGCCACCAGCACGACAGACCGUUGAGGAGAAAACUGCAGCGCUCUACAAGGCCUGCAUCAAACGCAAUGAGCUGGAGACCAAGGGCCUUAGCCCGUUCUGGACAAUAGCCACACGGCUAGGGAUUCCAAAGUUCCCACUUGGAUUCGAAGAGGACCCGCCGUUGGCGCUAGAAGACCUUGCAGCACAUUUUCAAAGGCACCUCGGCCUUGGAGUGUUUGUGUCAGUCAAGGUGCAACUGCUUCCGGGGAACCGCUCCAACAAAGCAGUCUCUGUGUCCCCACCAAAGUCGCCCUUACUCCAAGUACAGGAUGAUGGCUCAAAGCCACCAGAAUGGAAGACAAACCUGACUCAAAAUGGCAUACUCGCCCUGACAGAUCGUGCACCCGAUACUCAUGUGGUACGCUCCAUCCUUGAGCUGGAACAGGCAUUGGCGCAGGCUAUCCAGCUGGAAAGUAAAACUACAAGUUACAUUCCACAGUAUGAAAGGCAGAAGAUCUUCAACCUUCCCCGCAACAAGAAGUGGCAAUGGAGAAAGUUUUUUGCUUCUCUUCUCGAAGAUAUUGUACCGCUUCAGACGGUAGACCUGGUGGUGUCGUCACAGGAGUACAUGGAUACUCUCGCAAAAAUAAUUCUCAACACGGAAAGACCGGUCGUGUACAACUAUCUGGUCUGGCGGCUAGCCGUACACGUCAGCCCGUUCCUGCCGUCGAAGUUUGCCCCGCUUGUGCCGUUUUCGCCCGAACACAACAGAUGGGUGCCCAGAGAGCCACCCCUUGGAGAGCUGUGUAUGUCCCUGAUUGGUGACUUAAUGAGCCACGCUGUCACCACCAUUUACAUUCGUAACCAGAGGGCUGGGAUACCGAAUGGACUGCGUGCAAGUGUCAAAGACAGUCUCAACCAAGUAGUCGAUCAAAUGAAACACACUCUCAUAGACUACACGUGGAUGCACGAGAGCGUCAGCCAGCAAGCUAUACGAAAGCUCAAUUCUAUCGAAGUUCACCUGCUGUAUCCCCCAUUCGUUGAAGACAAAAUGGUCCUUGAACAGAUCUACCGUCAAGUACCAGAUAUUGGAAAUGCGUCUUUGUUAGAAGAUUUCUUUCACGCAAAGUCUGCACUGAUGCUGAAGAAAUGGAAGGGUCUCGUCGGGAAGGGAGUUCAACCAAUAUGGAAUGUUCACUAUUUUGAACCAGAGAUAGUCUACCUUCAUGAAUCUAAUGAACUAGUUAUCCCAAUUGGGAUGUUAAGAGCACCCAUAUACCUGAACACAGGAGACAUGCCUCUGGACACAGCUCGUUUUGGUUACCAGCUUGCAAGAGAAAUCAGCAAAGCCAUCUUCUACAAAGGAGCUUUUCACAGCGACACUGGCAACAUCCAAUUCUGGUGGGAACGCAGCACAAUGAAAAAAUUUGAAGCAGCGGAAUUUUGCUUUCGUCGAGCGUAUGCUGCUGCGUGGUUGCCGCACUCUAUCAAGGGUCAGGUGGAGGCAGAAAUUACUGUCCAGGACAACAUACUUAACUAUGUUGCACUGAAAGUCGCUCAUUCGAUGUAUACACAGCCAAGAAGAGGUGAAGAUACCAAGGAAAGGCGCCUGAAUGGUCUGAGUAGUUUCAGCAGUGAACAACUCUUCUUCAUAGCUUAUGCUCAGGGACAGUGUGCAAAGAGCCGAAAUGCAUCGGCUAACACGCACCUGAAAGCAGAGGCAUACGUACCACCCCGCUUGAGGAUCAACUUGCCCCUGAAGAACUUUGACCGCUUCAGCAAGGCAUUUGAGUGCAAGCCAGAGAGUCCCAUGAACCCACGACACAGGUGCAACCUCAAAUAAUGAUUGUGUUUUUACUCUUAAUAGCCAUUGCAGAGGCCAAUAAAUACAAAAAGUGGU